UGUUGUCUGGGGGAGUUAUUGGUGGGCUGCAACAAGUCGCACACAGAACUUAAAAGGCAUCCAGACGAGGAGAGGAGACAGAAACAAGGAGAGAAGAGAAACGGACAUCAUGAAGCAGCAAACAGCCCUCCUGUUGAUCUGUUUCUUCAGGUCAAGCUUCAGUUUGCCGAUUGCACUUAUUGCGAGCAACAGCAACGAGAUUUUAAGACUGAAUGGAUUAACUCUUGCAGCUCUUGGACAAACACAGGCCUCUUCCCUGUUCCCCCCGUAUGUUCUGCAACAGCAGACCCCCGAAGUGCUGCUCACCCCACAGGUGGUCAAUCUGAACCCUCAAGUGGCAGGUCCAUUCGGCCCCCAGGGGCCACAACUGUUGCUCCCCAACCAGGGCGGCCAGCUGACACCUAUGCUUUUUCCCAACGGCCAGCAAGAGCAGCUCGGACUUCCUCAAGACCCUAACAAUCCCAGAGUUCCUCAGCAGGCCCAAAACACUGCACAGAUGUAUCCACAGUUUCAGUACCCGUCCUUUGGAUUCCCUCAGCUCUACAGGCAGCAGGGUUACCCUUACUUUUACGGCUACCCUCAGCAGAGGAAUGCUGCGGUGUUGCCCAACAACGGACAGCAGAACCUGGAAAGAACGACACAGAGACCACAACUCCCCCUGCAGCAGGCCUCCAAGGUGAAGCAACAGACAGAAAAAACGUGGGCAGCGGGAACACAGAAAGAGUCCACCACUGUUCCACCUGAUCCUCGCGGUGACACGACGGGCCCCGGGCCUGACGAGGGAAAUGGAAACUUCCCCUUCCUGUUUGAGCCUUAGACGUCGGCUGAGAAAGAAAAACUUCUGCUGAGGCCAAACACACGAGCGAGUUUACUCCAACCCAACUGAAACACUCUGCUUUCCCAAAUAAAUAAUUUUGAAUAAAGUUGCUUUUAUGUCGUUUA